AUGUCCAUGUCUAAAAGCGUGUCUCCUGAGCAUGACCGUGAGUUGCAGUUUCUCAAAAUGCUUCAGAAUGAAGGCCGACUCCAUGCUUUGCUUGGUGAAAUGCAAGGCGCCAAGGAUGAGAUCGGCUCAGCUUCCACUGGUUCCAUGCAUGAUGGGUCAAAGCGUCGCCUUGACUCCUGGGAGGAGUUUGACAUGGUGAGUGAAACACAGUCCCCUGUGAUGCUGAAGAUGAGAAAUUCGAAGGCAGGAGCUGCUGAGGUUCAUCCUGACGGCUUGCCGCCCGGAGUCAUGAGCCUAAAGCAAUGGGGCGAUACUCUCAACAACAUGGGCAAGUAUGCGGGAUUGAAUUUGUCCUACAACGGCAUGGUGGCCAAAGCCAAAAAGGAUGCGGAAGCUGGAGAUCCCGCCAUGCAGGAUUACUUGAAGCGGGUCACAUCGUGCUCUGCCAAGCAGUCCCCGAAGGGAGCAGAUUUCGCAGCCUACCUGAAGGCGAUCAAAUGGGGUGGCAUUCAGACUUACGGAGAGUGUUUUCCUGGCACCACCGAGCGUCGUCAGUUCAUUGAAGGGCGAGGAGAGAGAACCGUGCGAGUGCUGGCCCCAGGCCUAAUUGGCGACGUGGUGAAUGUUCAAACGGUCCCAGAGUCAGCUGGUCAGGAGGAGUUCCUCUUCACAGUGCGCUGCCUUUGCAGUGUGCAGCGAAGGAGGACAAUAUCAGAUGCCAAGACUCCUCUUAACUGGGUGUUUGGCUCAAGUUUCACAUCUAAUCUUGACGGUUGCGAUGCUGUAGAUGAUACACGAUGA